AUGUGCGGGGGUGUGGUGGUGGGUUGUGGUAGGUGGGGUUGGUUGUGGUGUGUGAUGGGUGUAGUUGUGUGGGUGGUUAUGUGUGGUGGGUGUGGGCGGGUGGUGGGGGGGAGUUGGUUGGGUGGUUGUGGGUGGGCUUUGGGGGGUCGGUGUUGGGUGUGUUGGGGAGGGGUGGGGUGUGGUGUGGCUUGUUGGUGUGGUGGGGAUGUGCGCUGGGGGUGGGUGUGGUGUGUUUGUGUGGGGGAGUGUUUGGAGUGGGGUUGUACGGGGUGGGGAGUGGGGGGGUGGGAUUGGUGUGGUGGGUGUGGGGUGUGUGGAGUUGGUGUUGGUGGGUGGUUGAGUAUGUUGGAGUUGGGGGUUGUGGGUGGGGUGUGGUUGGGUUGGUGCUGUGGGUUCGUAUGGUGGGUGGUUGAGGUUGGUGUGGUGCGGGUGGGGGGGUGUGUUGAGGUGAGGGUUGGGGGGAUUUGUUGGGGUGUGGGGCUCGGGUUUUGGUUUUUUGGUUUGGGGGUGUGGGUCUUUUUGGUGUGGUUUGUGCGGGUUGCGGAUGUGGUGGUGUUGUUGGGGUUGUGUGGUGUGGAGGGGUUGUUGAGGAUAGGGGAGUCUUGA